AACAUCGACUUCGACACUUCAAGAAGUCUUUACGCAAGCGCGAUUAAGAGUCAACAAUCUGUCUCACUCCCGGUUUGAUAAAACAGCUGUUUUACUUACUCCGAGAUAAUCUCAAGUGUUUGAUUUUGUUUGUAAAUAGCCCGCAAACAUGGACUUUAACGAGAAAGUUGUGUUAAUAACUGGCGCAAGUUCAGGCAUUGGAGCAGCUACAGCGAUUCAUUUGUCAAAACAAUCUGCGAAACUAGCACUGGUUGGUCGCAAAGAAAAAAACUUGAAGAGGAUCGCUUUAUAUUGCGAAAAAAAUAAAGGCCUCAGCCCUUUGUGUAUCAUUGCUGACGUCACAGAAGAUGCAGAUACAGAGAGAAUAGUAAAAGAAGCAGUGGAACAUUACGGAAGGAUCGACGUGCUUAUAAACAAUGCUGGUGUAAUCGGGAUGGGUGGUAUCAAGAACUCCAGCAUGGAAAUCUACGAUAAGGUCAUGACGACGAACAUGAGAUCUGUGUAUCACUUGACGAUGUUGGCUGUCCCACAUUUAAUUGAAAGCAAAGGUUGUAUUGUGAACACUUCUUGCAUCGCCGGCAUGAAGCCGACGGUUAUGGCGCUGGCUUAUAAUUUGUCGAAGGCAGCCCUGGAUCAUUUCACCAAAUGCGUUGCUUUGGAAUUGGCUCCUGACGGCGUCAGAGUCAAUUCUGUCAACCCAGGGUUCGUGAAGACCAACCUGUUAAAGGAUACAGGGUUAACUGAAGACCAGUUGGAAAUGUUCGUGAAGAAUGUCGUGGGACACACUCCUUUGAAGAAGCCGGUCGAAGGCGAUGAGGUGGCGGCGCUGAUCGCCUAUCUUGCGAGCGAGAAAGCUAAAAGCACUACAGGCUGUAACUAUGUUAUAGAUGGCGGUAGUUUAUUGCGCUAAAUAAAACGGUUACAAUACCUAGAAUAUGAAAUGUGUAAACUUUGUUUAGAUUUAGAGAAAAAUGUAUUUUGAAAGUAUUAGUAUUUGUCUGCUACUUAAAU